GCCCCACUCCCUAAGGAUUUGAAAAUCCUAGGUGACCUAAGGGGUGACGGUGGGAGUCAAGCACCGCUAUAGGGCUUAACUCUUCCUGAGGAACUCCGUUAUCGGCGGACGCAACAUCUUUUUUUGUAUGUGGUGCUGAGGAUCGAAAUGGGCCGCACCAUGCCAGGCGAGCACGCUACCGCUUGAGCCACAUCCCCAGCCCUGGAAUGAUUAAUUUUGACUUUAAUUUUAUACAUGUGGAAACAGAGUCUUGGCAAGAAUACAUAAGGAAAUCCAACACAGAAACCAGAGACAGAUCCUACACCAGACUUUCCUUUGCCUCUUUACAUAAGUGAGUGAAAGUGUAGCCAAGUCCAGACUCAGAGUCCAAAGGUUAUGAUUUCCAAGAUAGAUGCUAGAUUAUAUGAUUCUUUCCUGGUGGGGAUGGAGGAACAGUGGAGACUCAGCCCAGUCCAGCUUGCACAUUUAAGACAAAAGAUGGCUGGACGUGGUGGCACAUGUAUAUGAUCCCAGUAACUAAGGAGGCAGAGGCAAGAGAAUUAUGAAGAUUCACCGAGAGACUGAGGAGUCACCAAUGAGACAAGAGGAAAACAAGGGGAGUAUGUUCUCAGUGUCCCAAGAAAAUAAAAUCUUAUUAUGAUUUGCAUAUCCUAAAAUAUAGCUUCCUGUCCAUCAGUUUUCAAACUUUAAUGUACAUUAGAAUCAACUGGGGUGCUUUUUGAAAAUACAUACGCCAAGGCUAGAUCUCCAGAAAUUCUUACUAUAAGUGAAGUCAAGAUGAAGAACCAUUUGCUUUUCUGGGGAGUUCUUGCCAUUUUUGUUAAGGCUGUUCUUGUGACAGCCCAAGAUGAAGAAGAGAGGACUGUUCUUGCUGACAACAAAUGUAAAUGUGCUCGUGUUACUACCAGGAUCAUCCGUUCUGCUGAAGAUCCUAAUGAGGACAUUGUGGAGAGAAAUAUUCGAAUUAUUGUUCCUUUCAACAACAGGGAGAAUAUCUCUGAUCCUACCUCACCGUUGAGAACCAAAUUUGUGUACCAUUUGUCUGAUCUCUGUAAAAAAUGUGAUCCCACAGAAGUGGAGCUGGAUAAUCAGGUGGUUACUGCCUCUCAGAGCAAUAUCUGUGAAGAAGACAGUGCUACAGAGACCUGCUACACUUAUGAUAGAAACAAAUGCUAUACAGCUAUGGUCCCACUUACAUAUGGUGGUAAGACCAAAAUGGUACAAACAGCUUUGACUCCAGAUUCCUGCUAUCCUGACUAAUUUAAGUCAUUGUUGACUGCACAACUCUUCUUGAGAGGCUCUCCAUUUUGAUCCAGAAAUUUAGUAUAUUUACUGGCAAUAAAUUUGAAAUUAAGAUUUUUUUUUGGUGAUGUAAACCAAUUUUCCCUCAAAAUAACUGAAAUAAUAACAUUGUUAUUUUAUUAGGUAAUUACUUCUCAACUCUAAGUAUUAAAAUCAGUCAAUUAUCAUAAUUUUUCUGAAAGGAUAAAAAAAUAGAUGAAGGGAGAAAAUAAAACUCGAAGACUAAAAAUAAAAAUCAAGAGGCAUAAAUUAAAUGCCUUUCAUUGUUUUUGUUUUGCUUCGUUUUGUUUUUGCUUUGCCUUGGAGAGUCAGAGCUUUUGCACAUCCUAUUCUCUUUUUUAAAAGUUUCACUGUGUAGAGAAAAUACAUGUGUAAACAGAGGUCAUUUAUAUUGCCUUUAGUAGAAAAAUAAUUGGAAAACCAAUUAUUUGGAACCAGUUAUAAAAUAAUAUAAAUUGCUAUUUCUAAGAUUGCUAAAAGUGAUAUAAUUAAAUGCAUCGUUGAAAAAUUUAUUUUGAAGGCUGGGGAUGAGACUCAGUGGCAGACUGCUUGCCUGUCAUGCAUGAGGCCCUCAGUACCAACUCAGUCCCACCAAAAAAGAAAAGAAAAACGUGUUCUGAUAUGACACAUAGACUUUGCAAGAGGUAAAACAAUUUUUCUUUUGUUGAUAAGAAAAUUUUUUUGACAAUCUGACUAGUGUAAGAAAUUCCCAUUAGAAAUCAUCUGUGUUGCAACUGAAUUUAAUGAAAUAUGUAUUCCAAAAUAUGUAUUCUCUAGUACAGUUUGAACAAUUAAAUAGAUUCAUAAGCAUGUACCUGUGUGAAAUAAUUUAUUUGGAAAACAUUUAGGGGCUGGGAUUGUGGCUCAUCGGUAGAGUGCUUGCUUAGCACGGGUGGGACCCAGGUUCGAUCCUCAACACCACAUAAAAAUAAAGGCAUUGUGUUGUAUCCAUCUACACCUAAAAAAUAAAUAUUAAAAAAAUUUAUUUGUGUUAACUUUCUUAUAUGUGAAUUAAAUACAAUUUGAUGAACAAUUAGUGUAUAAGUACAAUGUAAUGAUGCAUUAAUCACUGAAUUCAUAUUUGUACAUAUUUGAGGUGGCUUUGUGAUUUUACACCUACAAUUAAUAAAAAGGCAAGGUCUUCAUGGCACAUAAAACUUUAUGGCAAGAGCUAGGGCCAAAUGUUAUACCUAUCUAAGGGUUCAGUGGAAAGUAAAUGUUGAGUCUUUAUUUAAAGUAGUGGAUGGGUGAUUAGUAAAAGUCAGUUUCUCUAA